CCCGCCCCGGGGCCGGCCAAGCGCCCGCCUGGCAGCGCCUCGGCGCGCCCGAGCCGCGGCGGCUGCAGGCGGCGGAGAGAGGAGAGGAGAGGCGAGGCGAGGCGAGGCGAGGCAAGGCAAGGCAAGGCAAGGCGAGGCGACGAGACAUGCAGCCGCGGUGCCAGCGCUGGGCGCUGCUCCUGCUGUCCUGGCUGCUGCAGUGUACAGAGGCCAAAAAGCAUUGCUGGUACUUCGAAGGAUUGUAUCCUACAUAUUAUAUAUGUCGCUCAUAUGAAGAUUGCUGUGGUUCAAGAUGCUGCGUCAGAGCUCUGUCGAUCCAGCGACUCUGGUAUUUCUGGUUCCUUCUGAUGAUGGGAGUUCUUUUCUGCUGUGGAGCUGGUUUCUUCAUCCGAAGGAGGAUGUACCCUCCCCCACUAGUAGAAGAACCCACCUUUAAUGUGUCUUAUACCAGACAACCAGCCAACACUUCAUCAGGUGUGCCGCAACCUGGGAUGCCAUAUUACACUGAUCCAGGAGGACCUGUGAUGAAUCCCAUGGCUAUGGCCUUCCACGUCCAGCCCAACUCCCCACAGGGAAACCCGGUUUACCCACCUCCACCUUCCUACUGCAACACACCACCACCCCCAUAUGAGCAAGUGGUGAAAUCCUCCACGUAACAACUCUGCUGCUAUGUAACCUAACUCUGUAGGAAGAAGGUGUCAUUGCAAAAUGACAGGGGUGGAGGGCUUUCAGCCCUUUUGAACACUUGCUGGUUUUCUAAUCUCCCCCGCCUUUCCCAUUAAUGUUACUUGCAAGGGGUGAUUUUUUUUUCUUUCUUUUUUUUUUCCAAUAGGGGGUGGAUUUUCCUUUUGUCUUCAAUUCAAGAGUAAAGUCUUUUUAAACCUUUUAAUAGAAACAGAUAUUUAAAUCCUUUAUGUUUUCUCUUUAUUUAUUGUUUUAUUUUAAAUGUGUAUAUUAAUGCGCGUGGCAAAAUAUGGCAGCAGCUCUUGAGUUUUUUAUUCAACCCCAAAGUAAUCUAUGGAAUGUGGAAUUCCAAUGGAAAGGAGAGAGGCAGUGAGUUGGGGGAGGAAAGGAGAAAAGGGGCAGUGUAAGCUAGUUAGAUGGACUACGACCACCCUCCCACCAAUCAUGGUACAUGGCUUUCUUAUAAAGCUCUGUUCUGUGGCAAAGGGAGACUAGUUGUUCUGGAAGCCAUCAAAUGAAUGAGAAAUUGAGAUUAGUUGAGUCAAGGGGAUGUGUUCUGUUUGUCCUUCUUGGACUUCAUUGCUGUAAAAGGUGGAGCCUAGAAACCAUGAAUGGGCAGGGCUGCAAUGUCUUGACCUACCUGCACAGGACUCUGAAUAUGGCAGCUUAAACCUGGCUCCUCCUCUUCUUUGGACACAUGUUGUUUGCCAAGGAUUGUAUAAUACUGUUGAUGAUCUAAAUGUAGUGGGGGGAAGUGUUAUCAGUGUACAGUUUCAUAGAGUGUAAGAGAAAGAACUUAGAAAUAUCAGGAUGCACAAAAGAGUUUCUGCCCUAAGGUUAAUGAGGGGAAAAAUACGGAGGAGGGACCUCAGGUCCCAGUCUUGUUCCCUUGGAAAUCAAAAGGAGUUUUGUCAUUGAUUUCACUGGGAAAUGACUGGAUCCUGGAGCCAUUCAGCAUAUUAGAUCACCACAUGUCUGUGUCUGUGUGUACAAGAAUGUUGUCCUCGCCUAGUGUUGGAUUCUACAAAACCCUCUCUUACCACUAUUAUAACUGCAUAACCUGCAAUAACCUUUUAGCCUGGUGCACAGACACUUUGACCAUUCAGCUGCCUCUGGCAGCCAAAGCCCUGGAUAUUAUGCUAAGCAUCUGCACCAGACUUUAAACAAACAAAGUAGCCCCCUUUCACUCAGAAGUGUUGAUGGGGGUGAUUUUUUUUAUUUCAAAUAUUUCCAAUUAAAGUGUGGUGCUACUCUGAAAGUGAUGAUGGGAAAAAAUGGUGGCUUUUCUAGCCUGUGUGUAUUCAGUUGCAACUGCUUAUCUGAGUGACAAACAUGACUGUUGCUUUUUACUGCUCUUGGACUUGUUAAACUACUCCCUCAGCCCCUUGCCCAACAUAUGUAGAAUUGUUUUCUAACUUCCUGUCUGUUGCAGGUGGGCCAGCCACUGAAAGAAUAAAGAUGCACACGUGUAACUCACAGCUUUCUCUGAAAGCACACGCAUUGUCACAAAUAUAAUCCUGGAUAUUCUUCAGCCUCCAGAACACUUGUUACAGAUGAUGACAUGUGAGACCUUGGUUCUCAAGGCCCAAGUUAACUUUGAGGUUUGGCAGUCAGAGAACAACUCUGCUUACAAUCUGAGUGUCUUCGGUACAGAAGUUGCUGAGCGAGAACAUGGCAGCUUAAACCUGGCUCCUCUUCUCCUUUGGACACUUCGUGGUGUUUGCCAAAGAAUUUGCAGUGCUGCUUGUAGUCACUUUUUGAAGUGGCACCAACCUUUCAAGAGCAAAAUCCAGCUCUUCUAGCACAGGUAAAACUCAUAUUGAGAAUCAGCAGUUCAUGGCCACAGAGAGGAAAGAGAAUACUUCCUGGACCCCCUCCACUGAUGUACACCCAAGGGGGGGAAUCUGCCUGGUAUAGCUACAGUGAAAUUGGAUCGAUUACACAUUUUAUUACAUACCAUAACCCAUUUUGUAUCACUUAGUGUUGGACUUCAGCUAGAUUCAGCCCACUCUAAAGGUUUUGCGUUUGAUUUCAGUUAGAUUAAGAUUUGGCCCAAAGAAAAUAUUUAGAUUUGUUUAGUGAAUAAAUAUUAGCUCCCUGCCAGGAGCUGUACUGUCUGCUGUUUGAUCUGGGUUUUAUCUCUAUAUCUGACUAUUAGUCUUGCUCACACAGAGAAAUCAAUAGAGGGAUAAAGACAAUAAAUAUCAAGUUAAUGCUAACAGUAAAGUUUGGUCAUUUUUAGGGUUUUCUUACUACAGUCUUUUUUAACAGCUGCAGGCAUAAUUCCAAGCCCACUUAGGUUGGUGUCAGCCAGGAAUAACUCUAAUAACAAUAAUAGUUGGUAUAAUUACACUGUUAAGAAAUUAGAAUAGGGCUCUGCAGUUGCACUUGCCUUUAUAUUCUAGUCAAUACCACAUGGACUCUCAGAUCAUAUCUUUCCAUGUGUCCUCAUACUCAACAUAUGCUUUUAAAAGUGUUGAAUACAAUGCUCAUAUCCACUUAUCGUCUUAGGCUGGAAGAAGGUACUACAUUUUACUGUACAAUACUGUAGAAUCUCAUAGUACAUGACAUGUUCUUCACCUUCUAUCAUGCUAGUGAUGUUUAUGUAUCCCCCAAGAUGUUUGACCUGAUUUCUCAUUUAUCCCUUCAGACUCUGUUGUGGAUUAAAAACUAACCGUCACAUUCCAAUAUCUUUCAUCAUUUUUCCCCCCAAAAAUUUAGAGAAUGGGCUUAGCCACCUUCACCCAUCCCCUUCCCACCAGCUUAAUUUAACUUUCUGUGCCACAUUUUGAAUCAUCCUAAGGUAUUGUAUAUGGGUAAUAUUGAAGGGCAAAAGUCUUUCCCAGCUCCAUGUAAAUGAUCUUAACUACCUAGCUGCAUCUAAAUCUUUGGUAAUCUCAUUACCAUUUUAGGUCAUUCAGCAAUUCCCACUGCCAUGAUGUCAAAAGUGAUCUUGCAAACUCACGUGUACUUGGCUUUAAGCCGUAGGACAUCAGUGGAAUUCUCCGUGUGCUGAAGGUUAAGUAUGCACACACAAGUUUGCAGAAUCAAGGCCACUGUCUGUUCUGAUCUCCUCACCUGUGUGGUUUUUCCGCACACACUUCUAUGUAUACAGCAUAGCAGAAGAUUUGAGGUCAUCACUACAGGUUUCCCCUCCAAGGAGAAUCUUGCACUUGAUGUUCUUUCAUGUUGUCAAGCUACUUCGAGAUUCACAGGUCUUAAAACCAGAAGGAGCCAUUAGAUCAUUUAGUCCAGGCUCCUGCAUACCACAAAACAGAGAAUUCCACCCAUUGACCCUUGCAUUGAGCUCAAGGAUGAGAGGAAGUACAAGAAAAGUAGUUUAUUUUUUCUCAAGUAUUGCAGUAAUAGUAUGUUAUUCUGAGGCUAUUGCUAUUAAAAUGCUUUAUCUAACCAUCCACCAGGGAAAGGAUAUGGCUUUUGUGGUUUGAAAUACAGGUUCAGUGGACAUUUUAGAUGGGAGUUAGCUAUGUUUUGUUCAGGUUCAAAAGACCCAUCUGUCUGCACACUAUGACUGUACAUAUUUUCUAAAGUAGUGUGCACACUAACUUUAAAACUGCCUACCUAUAUCAUAUUAUAUGGCUGUGUAUGCACUGUCUUCAUUUUUUUUCUUAAAUGAAUCAAGAAUUUCUUUAAUCAGACUGGGACCUAUAGUAUUAGAACAUAGGUGGUGUUAAAUUUUUAAAUAUAUGUAUGUACAUGAUUAAUGUGUCUUUUAAGAAAGCUAAUGUUUUCCUGAUAACAUUGGGUAGAGCCCUUUUACAGUGAACUCUUUUAUGCUUUAUAUUGAAAUUCAAAUUCUGGUAAAUUUGGGGGGGUUUUUUGUUUUUGUUUUUUUCAAUCUAAUUGAUUGUUUCUUUAUUUAUGUUGGUGGAUUAUACCACCCCUUACAAUGAAGUUAAACUCCUGUUCUAGUGAAGUUCUUCGGUACUUAAUUGAAAACAUAGCAGCUAUAUGAGUAACCCUAUGAAUUACUUUCAAAUUGCUUACAUGCUUUUCCUCUCCUAUUUUUCAAGUUUUUUAACUUUUUUUUCUUUUUAGUAAAAAAAUAUAAAAGGGGAAAAAAAAGAAAACCCUGUACGUUUUUUAGGGUCCUGUUUCAUAUGUAUGCAAAAUAAAAUUGGUCUGGGUGUGUACCUUG